GGAAAUUGCUCAUUUCAGGAAACAGACAGAGUGAGCUGUCUUUACCAAAUGAAAACGUACCAUCAUGUCAGAGUAUGAAAAUACAAAUCCAACCAUUGAUGUGGACACUGCUUUUCUCAAAUCCAAGAGGGGGAUCGUGAAAGUGGCAGAGAUGGUGGCCUUUUUUCUGGCGUUUGUGUGUUUCACUGUAGCAUCCACACCAAAGUACAUUGCAGCCACAGUGAUAGAGUUUCUGCUCACUUUAUUUCUGGUGUUGCUGUAUGUCCUCAAACUCCACAAGAGGCUGACUUUCUUCUUUUGGCCUUUUGUUGAUCUUCUCAAUUCAGCGUUUGCAGCAGUCUACUUUAUUGUCUUGAGCCUGAUAGCUGUGAUUACAUACACUGUCACAGGCACACUGGUUGGAGGGAUAUUUGGCCUCCUGUCAGCUGGGCUUCUGUGUGCAGAUGCCUACAUGCUUUGGAGGAACAUCACAUUGAACAAGCCAAGAAGUGAGACCCAGAAUCAAACCAACAAUGACCAAAUCAAUUAGAGUUAAGUCAUACAGUAUAAUAUUAUUGUUUGUCAACAAUAACAACUUUAAAAAUGAUUUUUCCAUGAUCUCAGAGUAAGGUCAUUGCAAGCCUGUUUUUGUUUUGUUUGUUUGUUUGUUUGUUUGUUUUGUCAAAAAUCAAAGGGUACCAGUUAUCAUAUUUAUGAUUCCAGCUGUAUUUCAAAUCUGCGUUUGUGUUAUAAAAUAUGCUUUAUAGAUAUUAAAAGUUGUCAUAAAACCACACAUGCCAAUGAAAAUCUUUCUUU